GGUAACUUCCACUACCACCUCUCGAGUGGAACACAUAUUGGGAUCCGUUCGACUUGACGGAUACCUUCACCAGCAACUACAUACGCAUACCUCCGCAUCAUCUGUACACAUGAUGUCUUUGUGCAGAAACUGCCGCCAGGCCCUGCGCCUGGUCACCCAGCGGCGACGGCCUUCCAGCACCUCAACCAGACGAGCAUCGGCAGCCACGUCCACGGCCUUUCUCUCGACCAAAUCAGCAGCCUCCGCUGCAUCCGCACCGUCCGCGCCAUCGUCCUUCCCGUCCUCAUCCUCCUCCUCCGUCGCCGACAUCCUCUCCGGCGGGCCGACGUGGUCCAUUCGCACCCUCCGCGGCGACCAGCCCACCGAGCCCAUCACGCCCUCGCAGCUUCACCACCUGCUCCGCCUCGCCGCCCUGCCCCUGCCCAAGACCCCCGCUGAGGAGGCGUCCAUGAUCGCCACCCUGCAGGGCCAGCUGCAGUUCGUGCGCGCCGUCCAGCGCGUCGACACGGCGGGCGUGGAGCCCCUGCGCGCCAUCCGCGACGAGACCGAGGAGGGCGUGCGCGAGCAGACCAUCGGCCUCAAGGACCUCCAGGACGCGCUGGACAAGGAGCAGCUCGUGGGGCACUACAGGCGGCCCAAGAGGGUCAGGGAGAGGGUCGAGUCCGAGGCCGAGAAGUGGGAUGCCCUGGCUACGGCAUCGAAGAAGGCGGGCAAGUACUUUGUGGUGGACAGCGGGACGGGCAAGGACGGCGGCGCUCCGUAAAGAGAGCAGCACAGGUCCAACAUACCGCCCCUCAUGAUACCCUCAUGUUUGACCAUGAGUUCAGGGAGGGCAUCCUCAAGCAUAGGAUUCUUUUCCUGCAUGCAUGGCCCAUAAGCAAUAUAUUUCGCGCUGAAUACUCC